ACCGUGAAAGCAGGUGGCACGCUUUGUAGUUUCCUAGAUUUUGGAGGCUUUUCUUUCACCAGUACUGUGUAUUUUGUUAAACUCGAAACAUCAAUAGUGGAGAUGAGGGUACUAUUAUUGCAGGAAGAACACUCCCCUACCCACAUUCUACACCUUGCUUCUAACUUCUAUCCAAUCUCACCGUUCAACCAAACCAGCUGCAACCUCACUUUUCACCUUGUGUUUUGUUGAUAUCACUCAGUGUCUUUCUGGGGCCGAAAAAGUGCCACAACAUUGAUCAAAGGUGCAUUCAUUUUGUACCAAAAUUGUCAAAGAUCAUUCUCUUAUUGAGUCAUCAACUACAAGGUCAAAACAGCUGGCAGAGUCCAGCUGUUUUGGUCAGCGUCACUACCAGAAACCCAGUUGCCAGAGCAAUUCUUUCUGUUUUGCCAAUCCAGGAUCAUUGAUAUCUUAUAUUUGGUCUAUUGAUUGAGGAGGCAAUUCUGGAAGAGGCAGUGCAGUAUUUUCCUCUUGUAUUCUGUGAUUGCUUUUGAUAUAGGAUAUGGCUGUUCAUACACCUGCAAGUUCAUGUUUUGGAGCAAAGUAUCAGGCUCUAGCACCAUUGAGAAUUUUAAGGGGUCUGGUGUGUCUACUGGUUCUGCUUUCAACAGCAUUUAUAAUGUUAGUGUUCUUUGGCUUUAUAAGUGCUGUUAUAGUUCGACUUUUUAGUGUCCGUUACAGCAGGAGAGCAACUUCCUUUUUCUUUGGUGCCUGGCUUGCCUUGUGGCCCUUUCUGUUUGAAAAGAUCAACAAGACUAAAGUUGUGUUUUCUGGAGAUGAUGUUCCUUCGAGAGAACGGAUCUUACUGAUCGCAAAUCAUAGAACUGAGGUUGAUUGGAUGUAUUUAUGGGACCUUGCCUUGAGGAAGGGAUGCCUUGGAUAUAUAAAAUAUAUACUUAAGAGCAGCUUGAUGAGACUUCCAGUUUUUGGUUGGUCAUUUCACAUACUAGAGUUCAUCCCAGUGGAAAGAAAGUGGGAGGCAGAUGAGUCAAUCAUGCGCCGUAUGCUUUCAACAUUCAAUGAUCCACAAGAUCCUCUCUGGCUUGCUCUUUUCCCAGAAGGCACUGAUUUUACUGACCAAAAGUGCCUUCGGAGUCAAAAGUAUGCUGCUGAACAUGGGUUACCAGUUCUGAAAAAUGUUCUACUUCCAAAGACAAAGGGCUUCUGCGCCUGUUUGCAAGAACUGAGGGAAUCUCUCACUGCAGUUUAUGAUGUUACCAUUGGCUACAAAAACCGCUGCCCAUCUUUCUUGGACAAUGUCUUUGGGGUGGAUCCUUCUGAAGUUCAUAUGCAUAUUCGUUGCAUCCCCAUCGAUACUAUCCCAGUAUCUGAAAGUGAAAUGUCUACUUGGUUGAUAAAUAGAUUCCAGUUGAAGGAUCAGUUGCUUUCCAAUUUUCAAAUCCAAGGUCAGUUUCCUGAUCCAGCAACACAAAGGGACCUCUCUGGUGUGAAGAGUAUUUUAAAUUGUAUGACAAUUGUUGCCGUGACAGGCACAUGCAUGUACUACAGUUUUUCCUCUGUCUGGUUUAAACUUUACGUGUCUCUAGUAUGUGCUUAUUUGGUUCCAGCCACCUAUUUCAAUAUUCGGCCACAGCCCAUUCACAUACCCUUUUGAAGAUGAGAUCAAAUUACCACCUUUCAAAUACAUGAAUAGGUGGAGGGUACUGUCUUUUGUUGUAUGACUGCUCUUAUAGUAUACAAGUAUGAAACUUGAUAUUACCACGUUUUGGCUUA